UUUUCUGUUUAUUUACUUCCUUGAAAUUUUAAAAGUACAGUUUUAGAAAUCAAUCAAAAAUAAGGCGGGGAAUUUUGACAAAAGGAGAAAUGCAUGUGAAAGCGAAUAACGAUUAGAUGAUGUUUGUUUUGGUUAAGUUUAAUUACUUAUCAUGAAAAAUAUUCUGACAGUGUAAAAAAAAAAAAAAAAAAAAAGCGCAGCAGGUGAUUGAAAGUAUAAUGAAAUUAGGAGGUACUUUGCGAUUGCUUUGAUACGUCCUGCAGUCCCUAUAAGACUUGGCAUGUCAAUACAGCGGUGUUCAUUGUUUAGGGCGACUAUGUGGCUGUGUUCUUUAUAAAAUAAGACGAUAUCGUCUCCACACGAGGGCGUGUAUGAUGGGCGAGUAUGUAGGCAUGUAAACAUACCCUCCAGAUGAAGAAUAGAGUGUUAAACUAAACUUUGGAACGUCCGGUUUCAAGAAUUUCACAUGGCGCUUUCGCCGAAUAGUAGAAUUCAAUAAGUGGAACAGAAAAGACGGAACUUAGAACUGGCAUUUCUGAAUGGAAUGUUUUCGAUAUGAUUUUAUUCUCCCAUCACACCCCCAAGCUAUUUCAGCGGUCGUGUGGUGAAGUUGUUAACUAGGCGCAGUAAGUUAUCUGGGACUCCUGCGCAGAGGGAAAUUAUUCCCGCCGUAAUUUUGGGUUUGCCUGCUGUUACGAACCUUAACCCUAUUUCGUUUGUGCCCAUCCGUAAUACAUGACCAUGCUAGAAUGGCUUUCGUGCGCGUCAUCAUUUGAAAACGGUUUCUAAUUUGCUGAUGAGAGGAAAUUAUACGGUCCCUUUGAAGACAACAUAUCUAAUUCCACAAUCUCAGACCAAAAUGGCUUAUAUAAGAGUACCCUACACCGCUUCCCUCAGGAUGAUCAGACUUAUCAUGAGAUGAAGACAAAUAAAAGGAAUUCAUGAUCAAUACAUAAUUUGACUUAAAAGUAGACUUAAUUCAGUGCUAGCAUAUGGGAAAAUAGACCUUUUUCGCGUUUAUUUGUUUUCGCGGGCCAAAAUGUUCGUGAUUUUCCCGACAGCAAAGGAAAAAUCACGAAUGAAGUGCAUGUAGAAGGCCCGCGAGGAAACCUUAUCGUGAACUGAGCUGCUUAAUCUACGAUAUUGUCAUAAAUGAUGUGUCAGCGUUUGUCCUUGGGCUAGUGCUUUUAAUCUACGGAGACUAAAGAUGAUGGCUCCCUUCCUCAAAAUCAUUCAAAAGGAAAUUGCCGACUUUGAUUUUGCAGUUAUAUAAUUAAUUAUGUUUGCCAAACUGAUUUCGUUUUUAAUACUGAUCCAGACGGACCUGAGGUGUCAAUUUCUGUGCGUUCUGUGAAGAGAUAAUGAUUAAUUGAAGGCAAACUUUACAUGACCAAACUAAUAAUUAGUUCCACCUUGAGGCACAAUUUUUGUAAGUUUGGGUUGGGAAUGCCCUGAUAUGAUAGCAAAGCUAUGAGCAGCAUCUUAGUCCAGCUUUGUACCCUUUCUGUGCGUUGAAAAACUUUUUCCCCAAGCUUUGAGGAGAAAAAAGAUAAAGGCAAAUUAACAAAAACAAAAUAAAUAAUAACAGUAAUAAAAAAGCGUCGAGGAGAAGCUUCAGUCGUGUUAUCUAUGAACCGGCCGCCAAGCUCAAAGGUUGGAGCUGCAGCCAUCUUGGAUUAGUUCGCGAGGGAAAUCUGGGGAGAGGACAGCACUGGACAAAACCACUCUAGGAGUGGGGGUGGGGUGGGGAUUGGGGUUUGCUUGGCUCACUAACUUGCGUGAAGACGUCUACUACUGGUAUUUCUUUUCGCGCAGAAAAAGUGAAUGGAAUUGGUAGACAUCUACACGGAGGCUAAUAAAAAGGAAACGUGCUUUGAAAUUAAUUAAGUUAAGGAAUGAUCGGAUCUAUCAUGGCGUCAGCGCUUGAAAAAGGAUCUUGAAAGCACAAAUGAUGACAAAUUGAAGUAAGCAAAUGGUGACUUUGGUUCACACGGGUUACCCCAUUCAUCAGUUAAAUAACAGAUGCAAUAACACAAAGGCCAGGGAUGAGAGCACACUGAGGUGGCCCAAGCUGGCAAAUGAGUGUCCCUUUACAUGCAAGCUCAUACAGUAGUACUCAGGUUACGCAACAGUCGAAAUAUAAGGAUUCGUAUGAAAAAAAGGUUAUAUUCUUGAGCCUAAAUAAUAAAACGAAGGAAUAUGAAUAAAGAUACACUUUAGGUGUGUGGUUGUGUGUUUUCUUGGUUCCCGUGAGGCCUUGGGGUGCUCUCAGAAAAAUUGGGUGGGUAUGUACGCCUGUACGGCUCGCUUCCCAAAACCUCUAUCCUUAUUUAAUUCCAAAAUCUGCGAUUUUCCCUACCUUAUGUAAGACCUGAUCAAAACUUCGCUACUCUAUUUAAGACCCGACCCUUAAUUCAAUACCCUGUUUCAGACCUGGCUUAAUUAGUUCUCUAGUUCCCACCGAUGUUAAAGGCAUCGUGAAGGUUUUUCGUUGAUGGCCUUUUCGUUAAUGUUGACUGAAGUGGCUUCUUCCAAAAAAACACACCCAAUUCAAGACUGAGAAAACCAUACCCUAUUUGAGAUCCAAAAUAGCCAAAUCGAUACUCCAUUUAUGACCUAAACGGCCAAAAAACAUACCCUUUGGGGCCCGCACAUAUCCAUAUAGCUCAUAUAUAAGAGUAUCCCUCUACCCCCGCCACCACCCCGGGCCGGGCCGUGACCUAUUGCAUUUUAAUUUGUUUUUUUGGACCUCCAGAAACCUCUCGGGAACCAUAGGGAUCCAUAGGAAACACACUCAUGAAGCAAGACAGAUUAAUCUUUAUUCGUGCUCCUUUGUAUUGCUUAGGCUUGAGAAUAGAACCGUUUUUCCCAUACAAAUGCUUAGACUGUGAGUACUGUGGCGUAACCUAAGUACUGUACUACUCUACGUACAGGAACGUUGGGGCCACCUGUGACAAAAGAUACAAUAACACAAAGGGAUGACAGGUCUGACAAGUGAUUAACUGAUUCAUUUGAUGCCUGGCUGGGCAGUGGUUAGAUAUUAUUUAUGAGCAAACGACGUGUUCAAAUAAGCGUGAGAUUGCGAUCAUGGCCCGCAAAACAGGGAUUUAUCGCAGAGUAGUUGCUCGAAUAUUUGCAGUUGGCUUGCUUAUUUUACAAGGAGUAAUUCUGGACUAUUAUUUAAUCUUCGAAGAAAGCUCUUCAGCGUCGUUUGCAUGGAUCGGAACAGACGCUGUUGUUCUCGCUGCCUGGGUGUUUACAAUGUGGAUGUCGCACCGAAAAUCACAGAGUUCCACAGCGAAAGCUACAAAAGAUGAAUUGAAGUUUGCCUUUCUUGCCUGGAUUGUCUAUGCUGUUCAUUUAGUCCCUCAAGUAGCCACUUUAUUCAAGCGUAAGGCGUCUUUAUUAGAAGAGAAACUUGUCUUUGGACAAAACAUGUUGAAAAUGAACUUGUGUCUGACACCGAUGUUGUUUUUAUUUCUCAUAUACGCGCAUCACGACGCCAAAUCGCACUCACGGCGAAAAUAUUACUUGGAGAAAAUGACGGCCGCUGUAACUCUGGAUUUAUUUGACAGCGUGGAAAUGCUCGAGUAUCUUUUCGACAGGGAUAAGAUUACAAUUGGGCUGGAAAAUGCAAUCCUUGCUUUUUCCUGCAUGAAUAUUUUCCUUCCAACCUUUGCCUUAUUUGAGCUGAAGUAUAACAAGUUUCACGACAGUGGCGAGAUUUCUCCCAUCUCGUUCAAGUUUAUUUACAUUUGUAGCUUCAUGUUUUUCGUCAACGUUCCUUUCUUGGUUUUAAGGCUAAUAUUAUGGCAUGGAUACCACCUCGAUAUAUCCGUUUUGUUGGCGAAAAACGCUCUAGGCAUCAUUAUGGGGAUUAUCGAGAUCAUGGAGUUCUUUGGCGAGCAGAGGCCGAGGAGAUGCGAAAAUUGUUCGAGGACUUUUGCUAAAGGGUUUUUUAAGUCACACCGACAAAUUUGCUCACUUAACGAGGAUUUAGAGAUGACUGCGCGCGAUGAAGCAAAGAAUGGAAAAGAGAAAGUGGUUAACCUUAAAGAUCUGGAGCCAAACGAAAGCAGCACGAAUAUUUUACUAAAUGCUAGUGACAUUUCGCCAACCUCCAGAGAGACAUAUGUCUGAUAGUUUUGCAUUCAAGGGAGAUGAAAGAUAGUAUUAAGUGGGAGAUCAGUUCAGACGAUAAUUCCUAAAUAGGGGAUCAAAUCUGAUUUGAAAAAAUAAUCUUGUUGACGUGUGCGUGGGCCAUAUAUUUACUCAAGGUUGAAUUAGCAAAAUGAAAUCUAUUAGACGGGCAAAUAUAUAACAGCGUCUAUUUUCUGAAUCUCCGCUGUUCGCAGGAAAUUAAAGGUAGGCUGAUCGCCUUUUCUCUUAAUUCACAGCCCCACCAGCACAAGUGGGAGGCCAGUAAGUAAGCCACCAAUUCAUUCUUGUCAAAUAUUAGAAACCUAGCUACAGCCAGCCGUCUUCUGUAAUCUUUUUUUUUCUUUUGUUAAGUUCAUGUAGUUGUUAAAAAGGAUUGCGUCAAGCUGUUUACACGUGUUGUUCCCUGUCAUGGUAAUUUUUUUAAAAAAAUUUUCCUGAAGGGCAGAAUUACUUUUAAUACGAAGUAAACCUCAAAAUGUUGGUUUCUAAGAUAAAGUAACAUGAAAGAAGAAAUAAGAAACCGAAAAUUAGCCUUUGUAGCUAGCUAGAUUUCGCGUGCGUGUGCUUUCAAUGAACUGUUUUCGAUUGAUUAAAAUUCACUUAGCAGCGAGGCCCUGCAUAGAGAACACAAACAAUGGAAAUUGAAUUAACGUGUUUAAUCUUUUCAGUUCUUUGUGUAGGUCCGGUUAUCAAAGUAAACUAUUCCGCCCAUUGCCUAAUUUCGUUGUAUUGGAAUUCUAACUUGGCCCCGAGACUUAGGGCCGCGGAACAAACACCUCGAAGUUCGUCAAAAAUAAUCCGCUGUGUGUAGUGUUUUCAACUCCCUUCUCGGUGUUUUGAAAUGUCAAACACGGUCUUUCGUGUUUCAUAUAUUACAAGACAACCUCCCAUGCAGUUGAUACUCAUUUCAGUAGGCCGGAGAUACUACUAUGUAUGUCAGCUGUCGCCCUGCCGACCUCCCGAAAACUGAGACGGAAGAACUAACCUUGACGCCAAAUACCCUGUGCCCUUGGUCGGCCAAUUCCUAUCUACGCACUGAACCCUGCCAAGACAAAACCUAUGGUCCUAUCAACUAGCCGUAUGUCUCGAGGUCAUUCUCUUGAACAAUAUCAUGUUGACCAAACUAAAUUACUGUCAUUACUUGAUGUUAUCCAAGAACAUCCUCAUUGGGAGAAACACGUAAAACAACUUUCGAAAUCCUGUUACACUAUACUUAGAAACCUACGGAAAGUAUACUGUUUGCGAACGGACAAAUGAACUUAAAACAACUGGCAUUUUUUCUUGAUGCGCCUUUAAAGCGAAAGGAAAUAGUAGUUAAUAGUUUAAAACAGCACGAGAGGAGCGUGGGAAGAGAGACAGGAACGAUUCAGACCAGCACGCAGCAAAGGCAACCGUGAAAAAGACAUCAAAGUCCACUGGAGAGCUUCCAAGAGGAAAACACGGAGAAGGUAGCCUGAGGAGCCAGAAAUGACGGUCUGGAUGGCGUUAUUACUGACAAAGUUAAUAGUAAUGCACUUUAAGACCUUUCAGCCGGUACGAAAUCAUCACACGAAUUUCCUAAUACCUUAAAGAUGCGAUCGUAAAGUAGCGGCGAAAUUUCGAUGUUGUAAGGGACUGGUCAAAAAGUACAGGAGGGGCCGGGGAAACCGGAAUAUUUGAAAAUGUGGUGGUUAGAAAACACAUGACCCACACAUUUCAUUUGGCAUAAAACUGAGUGACCCACCACUAAAUGAAGGUUGAAAUUACAUGACCCACCCCCUAUAAAACAUGACAUUUUUUGGUUGCAAAAUCCAACACAGUCACAUUUUGUGUAUGAAAUUGAAGUUUUAUUUACAUUUUAGAUUUAUUUCUUAACAAAAUCAAAAUAAUCUAAAUGUAAUAUUGUUUUCCUUUACUCUAGCAACUUUAAGUUAUGUCGUUAAACUCUAAAGAAAACUUGACCUUAGACCUUUUACACUUGGCCUCCAGCCUCGCUAAGCGUGGAACAGUGAUCCAUCUAGAAAAAGGCUGUAAUGAGUUCUGGGACUCACACAGCCAGUAAACUACGAGUUCCAGGCCUAAGAGUGCGAUUCCCAGAUCUAUGAGCGUGUGUCCCGUAUCCCUGGGGACAAAUAGCAUGUAGACACAAGUUGGUCAUUUGGUGUUCUUGACUGAAGACCAACAAGUCGAGAGAGCGCAGUAUUGAAGACCUCUAGAUCCACGAUCCAUAUAAAAAAAAUCCGUGUUGGUUUGAUCAGUGUAAAUUAAUAACUAGCCAAGUUAUUCCAGAUCAAGGAACAAUCCUGGCCAAAAGUCUUGGGACACUCCUCACAGCUCACCCCAGAGAGAAAUGCAUACACCUCCACCGUCCUCCUACAAUGUGGUCAAUAUAGCAAGUGUCCUCAAGUCAAAAUUGUGUAGGGGAGGGGAAGGGGAAAGGGGGGUAAUAACUUAAUAAAAACUCGUAAAAGAUUUUUUUGGCCAGAGUAGACAAAGCUGAUUGUCUCGAGAAUGCUGUGUAAGAUGACACCACUGUUCUAUGAGAAAAACUAAGCUUACAUUAUAACAAACUGUAUAAUAAUACAGUAAAACCCGCAUGUAAGAACCUAUUGGUUUAAGAACCUGCUGGCAGAAAUUCGCCAUUUUAAAACCCAAAAAUAUAUGAAACUGUUUAGCCAAGCAAGAUCAAGCAGUUUUUCACAUGUGGUUACAGUUAAUUUAUGAUAUUAAACACUUUCACUAAGGAGUGUGACUUUGAGAUUUC